GAUUGUGUCAUUGUAAUUGUUGUGAGGUUGAUGAUGGGGACCGUGGGGGGUCUACACAAAUGUCUUUGAUUCUCUGUGCAUCAUUCUGGUGGGAGGCUCUUGCAUGUAGGUGGGCUCUUGUGCAUGGGAUGAGGCAGUGGCAGACACUCUGUUCUCUAAGGGUCGGGAAUAAGGAGCCCUUUGUUCCUCAGAAACAUGAGACUAAUUUUCUCCUCACCUUCUGCAGGAGCAGGGCUUAUGGACAUCAAAGAAAGCCCAAGAACUUACAGACUUCUUGCUAGGAGGCUGGAACUAAGUGUUCCUAUGACACCAGAAAGGAGGAAACCAGACUGUAAUGUCUCUUUCCUCCCACCCAUCCAACCCCCUCAGCACAGGGGCUUCUCAAACUCAGGGGACAUUCCAUCCUCCCAGACUGGUAUUUAUCCUGAAACCUUUCCAGCCUCUUCUCACCUUUGGGCUGCCCUUGGCCUCAGGAGAGAAGGAACCCUGUCUGCUGCCCUGCUCAUCUUCCAGCUCCUUUCCUUCCUCCAGAGCAAUCAGAGAAUCAUAGCUCAGCCUGUUCCUUCUACUGCCGCUCAGGAAGAAUGACACCAGCUAUGGCCUGGCUCCUGUUCCUGCAGCUUGUUCUAGAGCCAACUUUGGUCGUGGACAUCCGUCUGCAGUUUGCCAUCAAGGAAUUCUACGACUUACACACUGACUAUCCCAGGCUUAACUACCCACAAGGUUUUCAGGGCUACUGUAAUGGUCUGAUGGCCUAUGUACGGGGCAAAAAGAAAAGCUUGUAUUGCCCAAAGAACCAUUAUGUGAUACAUGUCCCGGGGACAGAAAUUCAGAAGUUCUGCAAAUACUGUGAGAACUUCUGUGAGAAUUACAAUGAAUACUGUACACUCACCCAGGACUCUUUCCCCCUCACAAUCUGCUCUUUGGUUACCAAGCAGCCACCCACCAGCUGCCGCUACAAUGGCAACCUGACCAACCAAAGGCUCUAUCUGCUCUGUUCCCGGAAGUAUGAUGCUGACCCAAUAGGUAUCAUUGGCCUCUACUAGGGAAAGGAGGUUUUCAUUGAGAACCACUCCCUACUGCCUAUCACAGAGCAGCCUGUCCUCAUUUCCAAAACUCUGAUCCCUGGUACAAAGUUUCCUCCCUGAUUUUGAGGGUAAGCAGGAUUCCCUCCCAAGAUACCAGUAAGGUAGGAAAAAAUAUCACAUGGCAAAGUCAUAACUGUCUUCUAGGCUCUUUCUAAGUUGUUUACCUUCCCCCUCCCCCAUCAUCUUCCCUCUCCCACAGACAGUUCUUCCCACCCAAGAAGCUGACUGUAUCCAGUUGGCAGUGACUGUCCAUCCAUUGGGCCAGAUACUGAAUCCUGGAUGGAGGCCCAGAGCCUCAGCUCACACCAUGGCAACAGGCACCCAGUUCAAUAUUUCAACUCCCCAUCCCCAACACCUUUCUCUUUUCAGUCUUCCUCAUUUCCCUAUGAUUCCGUCCACUCACUCACCCACACUAUAGGUGGAUACACUAUAGGUAUCUCUUCCUGAGACCUUUAGGUUCAUUUUAGCCUCACUUCCCCUCAGUUCCCUGUCUGUUACUCUCUGUGAAAUCACGUUCUUCACAUAACAUGUUCUUUCCUCCCUCCUUUCAUCAUGGAGCAGUGUCUCUCCCUAACCUUCCCAGCCUCCGUUACUCACCAUCUUCUCCAACCCCUUUUCCACAAUUCUCACCUUGGUUCACUGUAAAGUUUCACAUCACUUUCCCUGAUCUAUCUCCCUAGACAUUCCUGUAUCCUGUUCCUUCCCAAAGUUCCUCCUGAUGAUCCCCAAACUCUGGGAUCUGCUGCUGACAAGAUGGUUGAGGUGAGCCUGGCUGUAGUUGCAGAAGGUUUCAAGGCCACAUCUGAAUUAUGUAAGAUGUAACCAUUGGACAAAAUUGAAGAGUACAUGGAACCUCUCAGUACUAUUUUUGCAUCUUCCUGUAAAUCUAUAAUCAUUUAAAAAUAAAAGGAUAAAAAAA